AUGAAUAUUUUAGAUAAUUCAUCAAUGAAUUUGAAAUUACUUAUUUUUCUCUUCUGUUCUAAUUUUUUACUGCUAUAUUCAAUAACAGAUGCUUGUGGUAUUAAUGAAUGGCGAUGUGAAACAGGCGGUCGUUGUAUACCAUUAUCAUGGCGUUGUAAUCGAAUAAAUGAUUGUACUGAUGGGUCUGAUGAACGAAAUUGCACUUAUCCACGAUGUUCGGAAUCACAAUUUGAUUGUGGUGAUAGAUGUAUACCUCGUUCAUGGGUAUGUGAUGGUGACAAUGAUUGUGGAAAUAAUACUGAUGAACAAAAUUGUCCUCCAAGAAGAUGUUCAAGUACACAAUUUCAAUGUAAUGAUUCACGAUGUAUAGAUGCAUCCAUGAAAUGUAAUCAUGUAAAAGAUUGUAAUGAUGGUAGUGAUGAAGGAGCAUUUUGCAAUUAUCGUCAAUGUGAUCCUUCAACUGAAUAUCAAUGUGAUGUACAACGGUGUUUACCAUUAACACAAAAAUGUGAUGGAUAUUAUAAUUGUGAUGAUCGAACUGAUGAACUCAAUUGCAAUAGUACAGCAUGUUCAAUAUAUCAAUUUCGAUGUGUAUCCGAUGGUAGAUGCAUACCAAAUUAUCAACGUUGUGAUUUUCGUUCACAAUGUUUUGAUGGAUCCGAUGAAGCAAAUUGCACACGACCUAAUUGUACUUCAAACCAAUUUCGAUGUGCUAAUGGAAGAUGUAUUCCAUCAUCAUGGGUUUGUGAUCGUGAUGAUGAUUGUCUUGAUCGUAGUGAUGAAAUACAUUGUAGUGCACGACAAUGUCCACCACAUAUGUAUCCAUGUAAUGUAACUGGUCAAUGUAUUGAUAUAACAAAAGUAUGUAACGGUCAACAAGAUUGUAUUGAUGGUACAGAUGAAAGUUCACAAUGUGGUACUCAACUUUGUGGUUUUUUGUCAUGUGAACAUGCAUGUCGUCCAACACCAGAUGGUCGUGGUAGAUGUUAUUGUCCACUUGGAUUUCAAAUUAAUCCAACUGAUAAUCGUUCUUGUAUUGAUGUUAAUGAAUGUGAAAUUUGGGAUGAAUGUGAUCAAGAUUGUCAAAAUACAAUUGGAUCAUAUGUUUGUACUUGUCGAGCAAAUUAUACACUUGAAGCUGGCAAUCGUUGUAAACAUACAAAUAGUGAUAACAUGAAAAUGUUUGUAGCUAUAGCUAAUAAAAUCUAUGAAAUUGAUCGACUUCGUAAUGCACGAAUCAUUUAUACUGGUCCAGAAAAUAUGACAGUAUAUGCUAUUGAUUAUCACUAUCGAAAUCAAUUACUUUAUUUUACUGAUCCAUACGCACAUAAAAUUUUCUCAUUAUCAUUAUCAUCUCCGUCAUUAUCGGCAAGACUAAUUCUUGAAAAAAAUAUUCGUAUGCCAGUAUCAAUUGCUAUUGAUUGGAUUACAAAUAAAAUAUAUAUUGUUGAAUAUGAAUUAGCACGUAUUGACAUGUUGUCCUUAGAUGAAAAAAUGAUGAAAACAAAUAUAAUUAUUAAUAAUCUUUAUCAACCAGUAGCAAUAGCUAUUGAUCCAAUAGCUGAAUAUUUAUUUGUUGCUGAUGAAGGUAAUUGGAAUCGAAUACCAGCAAGAAUUAAUCGAUGUCUUCUUGAUGGUACUCAAUGUACAACAUUAAUUGAUCAAAAAUUAGAGCAACCAAGUGAUUUAACAGUCGAUUUUAUUAAGAAAAGAGUUUAUUGGGUUGAUCGAUCUUAUGAUCAUGUUGAAAGUUGUGAUUAUCAUGGAUCAAGAAGAAUAACAAUAACAUCCGGUAGUCUUAAUAUUCCAUUUACAGUUGGAAUUGAUUUGUUUGAAAAUAAUCUUUUUCUAACGGAUGAUGUGAAAGGUGCCGUAUUACAACUUCGACGUCAUUUUAAUUCAAAUACAAGUUAUUUUUAUAAACCUGAAUCAUUUAUUCGACCACAAGGAAUAGCUAUUUAUCAUGAAACACGACAACCAAAUAGAAUAAAUCCAUGUAAUGGAACAUAUAAUGGUGGUUGCGAACAUUUAUGUUUACUUGGAAGAGGUUAUUUAUUAUCGAACAGUUAUCAAUGUCGAUGUCAAUCAGGUUUUCGAUUAAAAUCAGAUUUAAAAUCAUGUGAACCGGUGAAAGAUUUUCUUCUUUUAACACGAUUAACUUCUAUUCGUGGAAUUGAUUUUAAUCGUGAUUCAACUAUUGAAGCUCGACCACCAAUUGUACCUGAUCGUCGAACUUCUAUAUCAGAUUCUGUAUUUGAUUAUGAAGACAAAACUGUUUAUUUUUAUGCUCAAAGAAGUCAAAUGAUUUAUUCAUCGAAAAUGGAUGGUGAAAAACCGACACCAGUUACAACAUCUAAAAUAUUUCCAAUAGUUAGUGCUUUAGCAUAUGAUUGGUAUUCAAAAUUACUUUAUAUGACAUCAAUAAGUGAAAGUCAACUUCUAGUUGUUAGAAUUAAUGGUAGAGAUUUUCCACAACGUACUCUUGUUAAUGGAACCACUGGUAUACAUGGUGUUGCUUUAGAUCCUUUACAAGGAUAUGUAUUUUAUUCAACAAUUCUACGUCCAGCAAAAAUCUAUCGUAUGCUAUCUGAUGGAACAAAUCGUAAUAUAAUUGUUCCAAAUGAAUUGGGUACACCCUAUCAUUUAACAUGUGAUUAUUCAACAAAACGUCUGUAUUGGACUGAUGGUGCAUUAUCACGUAUUCAAUAUUCAGAUUAUAAUGGUCGAAAUAUUCAAUCAUUAAGAGGACGAUUAAUAUCACAUCCAUUUGGAAUUGCAAUUUAUGGAUCUCGUCUUUAUUUUACUGAUGCAACAUUAGAAAGUGUAUUUGAAAGUAGUAAAACAUACAGUGGUUAUGCAUCACCUAUUCGAUCAAAUAUUCCAUCGAUUACAACAGUUAAAGUUUAUGCAGAAUCAUCUCAACCAAUGAAUAUAACACAUCCAUGUCGAAGAAAUAAUGGUGAAUGUUCAGAUUUUUGUUUUCCAAGACAAGAACAAGGUAUUUUAACAAGAGUAUGUGGCUGUCGUUAUGGUCGAAAACUAAAUUCAAUGAAUAAUCAAGAAUGUAUUGAUAAUUCUCAAGCUGAACCAAGUCAAACAUCAUGUGACGGACGUUUUCAAUGUCGAAAUGGUCGAUGUAUUCCAUUAAGUUAUAAAUGUGAUGGAGAUGAUGAUUGUCAUGAUAACAGUGAUGAACAAAAUUGUCCAGCUGGAACACCAACAUGUGGAACAAAUCAAUUUCAAUGUAGAACUAGUCGUGUUUGUAUAAAUAAACAACUUGUUUGUGACGGUUAUCCACAUUGUCAAGAUCGUUCAGAUGAAUCUAAUUGCAGUCAAACUUGCACACAAAAUCAAUUUCGUUGUGCAACAGGAAAAUGUAUUCCUAAAUCAUGGAUAUGUGAUAAUGAAAAUGAUUGUGGUGAUUCGAGUGAUGAACAAAAUUGUCAAGAAAGAACAUGUGAUCCGUUGACACAAUUUGCUUGUCCUCAUACACCUGGUAAAUGUAUUCCGAAUGGAUGGAAAUGUGAUGGUCAAAAUGAUUGUGGUGAUAAUGCUGAUGAACUCGAUUGUCCACCAAUAACUUGUGGUGCUGGACAAUUUCUAUGUUCACGUGAUCGUAUGUGUAUUAAUGCAACACGAAGAUGUGAUGGUAUUGCAGAUUGUCAAUCAUUGGAAGAUGAACGAAAUUGUGCCGGAUCGGUACCAUCAUAUUGUCGAGCAGACCAAUUUCGUUGUGGAUCAACUUGUAUACCAAAUGCUUGGCGUUGUGAUGGUCAUCGAGAUUGUGCCGAUGGAUCGGAUGAACCACCAAGUUGUGGUGCAAGAAAUUGUACAUCAAAUGAAUUUCGUUGUGUAUCAACGGGUGACUGUAUUCCCAAAGGGUGGAUGUGUGAUCAUGAAGAUGAUUGUGACGAUGGUUCGGAUGAAGGCGCAGAACUAUGUCAAACUGCACCUUUUUCAUGCCCGGAAAAUCAAAUGAUUUGUCCUGGUACGACAAUUCAUCAAUGUGUAAAUGUUACACAGGUCUGCGAUGGUAAACCUGAUUGUCCUGGCGGUGGUGAUGAAUCACCAUUAUGUAAUAAUGAUCAAUGUUCAAUUGAUAAUGGUGGUUGUAGUCAUACAUGUCAUCGAUCACCAUUUGGUGCUUUAUGUCUUUGUCAACCCGGGUUUCAUGUACAAAAUACAACAAAUAAUAAAAAAUGUGAAGAUAUCAAUGAAUGUAUAGAAAACCCAAAUGCAUGUCAUCAAUAUUGUUUAAAUACAAAUGGAAGUUUUAUGUGUUCAUGUGCUGAAGGUUUUGUAUUGCAAUCAGAUGGACAUAGUUACGAAACUGGUAUUCGUUUAUUAACUACACGUCAAUCAAUAAUGGAAUGGUUUUCACCAACACUACGAACUUAUGGUCAAAUUAAUCUUGGUCCCAAUAUGCGUUAUAUAAUUGCAUUUGAUAUUGAUAAUCGAACAAAUACAUAUUUCUGGUCUGAUUUAGUAACAAACAUAAUCUAUAGUCGAACAGAGCGAGCAAAUAACUAUACUAAACUUAUUACAAGUGGUAAUAGUUUUAUAGCUGAUAUGGCAUUUGAUUGGAUUGGACGUAAUUUAUAUUGGACAGAUUAUAUGCUUGAACAUGUUGAAGUGUCAACAAUGGAUGGUCGUUAUCGUCGAAUAUUAUUUCAUGAAAAUUUAACAAAUCCAUGGUCAAUUGCUGUUGAUCCACGUGCUGGCUUACGAUAUUUAUUUUUAACUGAUUGGGGUAAAAAUCCACGCAUAGAACGUGCUAGUAUGGAUGGUCAACAACGUCUAAGUAUUGUUAAUGAUUCAAUUGAAAUGCCAGUUGGUUUAACACUUGAUUUAAUACGUCAAGAAAUUUAUUUUACAGAUCACCAUUUAAAUUUUAUUGAAGUUGUUAAUUAUAAUGGUGAAAAUCGACGAAAAAUUUUAGCUAAUUCACAUUUUUUACAUGGACCAAUAUCAAUAAAUGUUUAUGAACAAUAUCUUUAUUGGUAUGAUUCAUUUUCAAAUGAAGUAAGACGUUUAAAUCGUUUUGAACAUGGUAUAAAAGCACAAAAACAUGAAAGAAUUUUAUCAAGAUCAGGAAUAAUUUCAAUGAAAAUGUCACAUCAAAUUUAUCAACCAUAUGAAACAAAUCCAUGUCAACAAUCUCGUUGUACCCAAUUAUGUCUUCUCUCUCAUACUGCACCAUUAGGUUAUACAUGUGCAUGUUCAACUGGGUAUAUUCUUGAACAAGAUCAAAUUACAUGUGCAAAAGAUCAUUCACCAUUUAUUAUUUAUAUGAGACGUGAUACAAUUGGUGGUAUUAGCGUAAGACAUAAUCAACAAUAUAUUGAUGAAAAUUCAAAUUAUGAUGAUUUAUGGGAACGAUUUGUUACAGUAACUGAUCUUCAUAAUGGUUAUGAAUUUGCAUUUGAUGAAGUUAAUGAAACAAUUUAUUGGGCACAAGUUAAUGGUUUCUUACCAGAUGGAACUCUUAAAUAUGAAAUUCGCCGAAUUAAUUUCGAUGGUACUAAUGAAACUGUUUUCUACGGUGAUGAUGAAAUAUUAGUUGGUAUGGAAGCUGGUACAAUGCAAAUUGAUGCUGUUGGACGCAAUCUAUUUAUUGCUAAUAUUCGUCAUAGUCGAAUAGAUGCAAUAUCUUUAAAUGGUCUAUAUCAUACAAUAGUAUUUAGUGAUCAUGAAAAUGCUACAGGUGUAAUGCACCCUACAGCACUUGAUCUUGAUACAACAAAUGGUUAUGUUUAUUGGAUUGAUUUUGGUGGUGGACAAGUUCCUAUGAAAAUAGGUCGAGUUCGUUUUGAUGGAAAAUAUCCUGAAAAUGUUAUUGUUGAGAAUCUUUUACGACCAAAUUAUAUUGUUUACAAUCUUGAUCUUCAUUGUAUAUUUUGGAGUGAUGUUGGUAUACAAAAAAUUUCAUAUCAUUGUAUGGAUUCAGGUGAUACAAAAGUACUUGAUGUUGAAGUAAAUAAUCCACAAGGUUUUGAUUUUCUUACUCAUUACUAUCCUCCAACAUCACCAUUAAUAACAAUUAGUGAUAAUGAUGAUAUAACAUCAACACAUUAUUCAUUAUUUUUUGUUGAUAAAGAAUAUGAAGGUGUCUAUAAAAAAUGGUUUGAUCAUCGUUUAAAUCCUGUAUCAGAUGUUAUACCCGUACGAACAAAUCAAGAAGAUCCAAGACAAGUUCGAGCUUAUCCACGUUAUGAAGCUUUCAAUGCAUAUUGUUAUUAUGGUUCAUAUUGUGAACAAAUCUGUUUUCAAAUUGAUUCUAAUAAUCGUGAUACACCAACAUGUGAUUGUGCUAUCGGAUAUAAAUUAAAUAGUGACGGCCGAACAUGUUCACCUAAAAGUCAACAAUAUAUUGUUUAUAGUACACGUUCAUUAUUACGAGCAUUUGAUUAUCGAUCAAAUGAUUCAGCAAGAGAAGAUGUUAUGCCAUUGAUUCCUGGUAAUGAUAUGGAAAUGCUAGCAGUUCGAUAUUCCAAUCGUGAAUUAUAUUGGAUAAAUGCAAAUCGUUUAAUUCGUCGUGCAGUAUGGACAGAUAAUCGAACAUGGAAUGUAACAAAUUAUCUACAAAUAAGUGUUGGAUCACAAAGAAAUUAUAUUCUUGGUCUUACACUUGAUUGGAUAGCGGGAAAUUUAUAUUUUUCUUAUAUAACAAAUUCAUAUGGUCAUUUAGAAGUUAAUCGUCUUGGUACAGAUCAUCGAUUAAUUUUACGAAAAGGAGCAAAUGAAACAAUUUAUUCUCUCGCUGUUAAUCCAAAACGAAGAUUUCUUUAUUGGUGUGAUCGUGGUCAACGUGUUCGUAUAGGUCGUUCAUUACUCAAUGGUGAAAAUAUAACAUAUCUUGUAACAACACAAAUUAUUCGACCAGAAUCGAUAACAAUUGAUUUUCUUACUGAUGAUGUUUAUUGGUCAGAUUCCAUACGUGAUACAGUUGAAGUUAUAUCAUGGGAUGGAAGAAAUCGUCGAACAGUUUCACGUAAUAUUCCAAAAGCAAUUAGUCUACUUAUUGCAAAUAAUGAUUUAUAUAUCAUGGAUCGAGCAUUUUCAUCGAUAAUGCGUAUUAAUAAAACAGUUAGUAAUUUGACACAACGUUUAGAAUCAAUAUUAACAUUAAAAACGUUUGAAGUUGGUGGUAUGGUAUUAUUUGAUGAACAACCAAAUUUUGAAUCACCAUGUCAAACAUCAACAGUUCGACAACGUUUUUGUGAAGAUCUUUGUUUUGCUAUGCCUGAUACAAGUGUACCACAAUGUGCAUGUGCAUAUGGAACAUUAAAUAUAGAUCGACGAACUUGUUCACCACCAAAUGAAUAUUUACUUGUUGCAAUGGAAAAAGAAAUUCGUUCAAUGUCAAUGGAACCACAUGGUUCAUCAUCAAGUGCACCAUGGCGUGCAAUUACAAAUUUAAGUAUGGUUGUUGGAAUUGAUUUUGAUUAUCGAGAUAAGAAAAUAUUUUAUACGGAUCUUCGUUUACAAGAUAUAUUUUCAUUUGAUAUGGAUGAUCCAAAUCCACAUGCACGACAAUUAAUACAAUCAAAUGUUACUGGUCGUUCACAACCUGUUGGUAUAUCAUAUGAUUGGGUAUCCGAUCGUUUAUAUUGGACAGAUGAACGAUACGGAAGAAUAAUUUCGGCUAGAAAUAAUGGUUCAGAAAGAUUAGUUAUAGCUGGUAGUUCAAAACCAAGAGCUAUUGUUGUUCAUCCAUGCAAAGGGUUAUUAUUUUGGUCAGAUGUUGGUGUAUAUCCAUCUAUUCGCCGUUCAACAUUAACUGGAAGACAAGUAACUUAUAUUAUUACGACUAAUAUAAGAUGGCCAAAUGGAUUAACAAUUGAUUUUGAUGAUGAUCGUAUUUAUUGGGCAGAUGCUUGGUUUGAUCGUAUUGAACGUGCAUCAUUAGAUGGUACAAAUCGAGAAGUUAUUUCAACAGUUGUUCAUCCAUUUGCAAUAACUCUUCAUGGACAUUAUAUUUAUUGGACGGAUUGGUCUCUUCGUGGUAUUUAUCGUGCCGAAAAAUAUACUGGUGCUAAUAUGGUUGAAAUGCAAAAUGAUCUUCCAUAUCGUCCAAUGGAUAUUCAUGUUGUAUCUGAUCAACGUCAAAAAUGUGCAUAUUCGCCAUGUAAUAUAAGUAAUGGUGGUUGUAGUCAUAUAUGUAAAACAGCAGCUGAUAAUCAAGUUGAAUGUGCUUGUCCAAGUGGACAACAAUUAAAAUUAGCUAAUGAUCGACGAAUGUGUGUUCCAUUAUCAUCAUCAUGUGCUUCAAUUAAUUUUACUUGUCGAAAUGGUCAAUGUCUUUCAAGACGAAAAGUUUGUGAUGGUCAAUCAGAUUGUUCUGAUGGUUCAGAUGAAGAUUCAAGAUUUUGCUCACGAUAUGCUUGUCGACCAACUGAAUAUCGAUGUUUAAGUGGUGGAUGUAUUCCAUAUAUUGAACGAUGUGAUCGAAAAAUUGAUUGUAAUGAUGGCAGUGAUGAAAAUAAUGCAUUUCAACCAUGUGUAUAUCCUCAAUGUCCCGAAGGACAAUUUACAUGUAAUAAUUUUCGUUGUAUUGAUAAUUUUAAACGUUGUAAUGGUUAUGAUGAUUGUAAUGAUGGUAAUGCAACUGAUGAAAUUGGUUGUCCAUCUCGUAUUUGUAAUGGAACAAAUAGUAUGAAAUGUCCAAAUAAUAAUAUUUGUAUUCAAAGAACUUAUUUAUGUGAUGGUGAUAAUGAUUGUGGUGAUAAUAGUGAUGAAAGUCCGAUUUUCUGUCAUAGCAUUGAAUGCAAUACAACGGAAUUUCGAUGUGGAAAUGGUCGUUGUAUACCAUAUUCUUGGGUAUGUGAUGGUCAACGAGAUUGUAUAAAUGGUACUGAUGAACCAGCUGAUUGUCGUUCAUCAAAUCGAACAUGUCCAAGUGGUCUUUGGAAAUGUGACAAUGGUCGAUGUAUUAGUCCAGAACAACGUUGCAAUGGUAUUGAUGAUUGCCGAGAUGGAAGUGAUGAAGAUGAACGACAUAAUUGUGCUGAAAUGCCUUGCAGUGCAACACAAUUUCGUUGUCCAUCAGGUUUGAAAUAUAAUGCACGUUUAAGAUGUCUUGAUCGAUCAGCUGUUUGUAAUGGAAUUGCAAAUUGUUUGCGUGGAGAAGAUGAAGCUAAUUGUACAAGACGUAAUUGUUCAUCAUAUCAAUUUCAAUGUGAUAAUGGUCUUUGUGUACCACGUUCGUAUGUUUGUGAUCAUGACAAUGAUUGCGGAGAUGGAUCCGAUGAGCCUGCUUCAUGUGCAUCACAAUAUCGAAAUUGUACUAAUACAGAAUAUCGAUGUGAAAAUGGACGAUGUGUAACAAAAGCAGCAACAUGUAAUGGAUAUAAUGAUUGCCAUGAUAAUUCAGAUGAAAAACCAUCAUUAUGUCAAGUAGAACAAUGUCCAUCGGGACAAUUUCAAUGUCGAAAUAAAGAAUGUAUACCAUAUGAAGUUGUUUGUAAUGGUGUACGAAAUUGUACUGAUGGAAGUGAUGAACCACCUAGUUGUGGUGUUAAUGAAUGUGCUUCAUCAAUUUUAAGUGGUUGUGAACAUGGUUGUGUUAAUACAUUAACUUCUUUUCGAUGUACAUGUCGACCAGGUUAUAAAUUAGCAACAAAUCAGAAAAAUUGUUGGGAUAUCAAUGAAUGUGUCGAAACUCCAAGUGUUUGUCAACAAUUUUGCGAAAAUAUACCAGGUUCUUAUAUAUGUAAAUGUGCAUCUGGUUAUGAAAAAGGUCUUGAUGGACGUAGUUGUAAUCGAUUAAAUCGAACCAUUGUUCCAUAUGUAUAUUAUACGAAUAAAUAUUAUGUUCGUGCUAUUGGUCUUGAUGAACAAAAUGAAUUAACUGUUGCACGUGGUUUUAUGGAGUUAUCAAGCAUAACAUAUGAUUGGAAAGAUCAAAAGUUAUAUAUUGGUGAUCGAAUAGCGGGUAAAAUUUAUCGAAUGAAUUUCAAUGGAACACAAUCAACAGUUAUAAUAGAAGGCAAUCAAAUACGUUUUCUACGUGCAUUAGCUAUUGAUUGGAUUGGACGAAAAUUAUAUCAAUUAUUGGGUACAUCUGAAAUUCGUGUUAGUGAAUUAGAUGGUCGUUAUGGUAUAACAUUACUUGAUUCAAGAUAUUUAUCACAACCAAAUUAUCUUGCUAUUGAUCCAUUAGCUGGUUAUUUAUUUUAUUCAGAUUGGGGACAAGCACAUAUUGGAAGAAUUAAUUUAGAUGGAAAUAAUUUUGUUAAAAUUAUUGGUACUGAUGUAUCUGGACCAUUAGGUUUAACAAUUGAUAUUAUUACUCAAAGAAUUUUUUGGAUUGAUAGACGUUUACAAAGAUUAGAAUUCAGUAAUUAUAAUGGUGGUCAACGUAAAAUAGCAUUUUCUGGACAUGAUUAUGUUCCAUAUUCACUCAGUGUUGCAUUUAUUGAUGGUUAUGUUAUAUGGUCUGAUUUUACUAAUCAUUCAUUAUUUCGUGCUGAUGCAUUAAACGGUUCAAAUAAAAAUAUACUUUUACCAAAUACAAUCAAUGAAGUUAUAGCUCUUACUGUUAUUCAUCCAUCAUUACAACCACAAGUUCCAAAUCCAUGUGGAAUAAAUAAUGGUGGUUGUUCGCAUUUAUGUUUAUUAACAGUAAAUCAAUCAUAUACAUGCGCAUGUCCUGAACAUUUUUCAUUUAUGAAUAAUGGAAAUAAUCGAACAUGUGUAUCAAAUUGUAGUUGUAAUCAACAUCGUUGUGGUCCACCAAAUGAACGAUGUAUACCAUGGUCAGCAAAAUGUAAUGGAGUUAAUGAUUGUGAAGAUGGAUCCGAUGAACCAAGUACAUGUCCAGAACGACGAUGUGCAUCAACACAAUUUCAAUGUCGAAAUCAAAAUUGUACACCAAUAUCAUAUGUUUGUGAUGGAAUGGAUGAUUGUGGUGAUAAUUCAGAUGAAGAAAAUUGUCAAUGCCGUUGUAUGCCAGGAACAUUUCGUUGUAAUUCCGGUCCAUGUUUACCAAUGAGAUUUCGUUGUGAUGGUUAUCGACAAUGUUCUGAUGGUAGUGAUGAAUUAAAUUGUGUUAAUCGUACAUGUACUCAUUAUCAAUUUACAUGUAAUAAUGGACGAUGUAUACCAGCAUCAUAUGAAUGUGAUUUAGAUAAUGAUUGUGGUGAUAAUAGUGAUGAAAAUGCAUAUUUUUGUCGUAAUCGACCUUGCCGUGAGGAUCAAAUUCGUUGUCCAAAUUCAUAUAAAUGUAUAUCACAAAUAGCACGUUGUAAUGGUUAUAAUGAUUGUGGUGAUAAUAGUGAUGAAAAUCCAAAUCAAUGUCCGCCAUGUAAUGAUGCAAAUCAUUUCCGAUGUAAUAAUGGACAAUGUAUUCCAAGAAGUUCGCGAUGUAAUCAUCGAAAUGAUUGUCGUGAUGGAUCAGAUGAAACUCCAGCAACAUGUAUCUAUCGUGCAUGUAGUGAAGAUGAAUUUCGAUGUGCCAACGGUCGAUGUAUUCCACAACGAUGGGUAUGUGAUCAUGAUUAUGAUUGUGGUGUAGGUGAUACAUCGGAUGAAGCUGUUGACUGUGCUGCUCGACCAUGUCCGAAUGGAUACUUUAAAUGUGCAUCUGGUCAUUGUAUAAGUAAUACAAGUCGUUGUGACGGUUAUGCUCAAUGUCGGGAUGGUUCUGAUGAAGCAGGCUGUCCACCACGUGGCCCUAAUGGUCAAUAUUGUCCAACAGAUCGUUUUACUUGUAAUAAUACUCUUUGUAUUAAUAAGAACUGGGUUUGUGAUGGAGAUAAUGAUUGUCUUGAUAAUAGUGAUGAAACAAUUGAAUUAUGUCGAACAGUACCUUGUAACUCAACCUAUCAUUUUCGAUGUACAAAUGGUCGAUGUAUCUAUCGAUGGCGUGUAUGUGAUCAUAGAGAUAAUUGUGGAGAUGGUAGUGAUGAAGAUAUUCAUGGUGUAUGUCAACCAAAUCGACCAGUAACAUGUCCAGAAUUUCAUUGCACUCAUACAAAUCGUUGUAUACGAUAUUCAGAUUUAUGUGAUGAAAUUGAUGAUUGUGGUGAUGAAUCCGAUGAAUUAUCAUGUCAUCAUAAUACAACAAUAACAUGUGCUACUCAACCAAAUCACUGUGAUCAACGAUGUCAUGAUUUACCAAAUGAACGAGGAAUUGUUUGUUCAUGUAACGCAGGUCAUAAAUAUAAUAAAGAAACAUUAAAAUGUGAAGAUAUAAAUGAAUGUGAAAAUGUUACUUUAAAUUAUUGUUCACAAAUCUGUGUUAAUACUAAAGGUGGUUUUCGAUGUGAAUGUGCAGCUGGUUUUCAACCAAGUGCAGUUAAUAGAUCAGAUUGUCAUCCAACAGAUCAAACAAUUGAUCUUCUUAUAUCUGAACCUGAUGAAAUUCGUCGUCUUCGUCGAAAUACUAUAGAAAAUGCAUCACAUUAUGGUGUACUUAUUGAAGAUCAACAUGAUGCUAGUUUUAUUUCUAUUGAUACAAAUAAUCGUGUAUUCUAUUGGAUGGAUGAAUCUACAUCAGAAAUUUAUCGUGCACAUCUUACACCAAAUACAGUGUCAACAGUAUAUCCUCAAGAAAUUCUAACCGAGGAUACACAUCAUUUAAUAAUUCCAAGUAGUAUUGCUAUUGAUUGGAUUGGUCAAAAUGUUUACGUAACUGAUCUUAUUCAUGGUUGUAUAUGGGUUUUAAAAAAUGAUGGACGUUACGCAACUAAAUUAAUAACAAAUAUUGAAUCACCAUGGGUUGUUACUGUUAAUCCAAUACUUGGAAUACUUUAUUUUAUUAAUUAUGAACAUGGAGCUGUUGAGAAUCCUAAUGAACGCAUUGUUGCUAUUGAAUCAGCUUAUAUGAAUGGUGAAAAUCGUACAAUAUUAGUUGAUACAGAUAUCGUAUAUCCAACAGAUUUAGUUAUUGAUUUCUAUCAAAAUUAUCGUGUUUAUUGGGCAGAUGAAAAAAAAGAAUCAAUUGAAUCCAUGAACUAUGAUGGAACAGAUCGUGUUGUUAUAGCACAUAUUGGAAUACAUGCACCACAUUCAUUAGAUAUAUUUGCAAGUCAUUUAUAUUGGAUUAAUCGUGAAAAUCGUUCGUUAUAUACAAUUGAAAAAUUUGGACGUGGAAUAUCAACACUUGUUAUUGAUAAAUUAGAAUUACCUUUAUUCGUAAGAAUUUAUCAUCCAUUAAAACAAAGUCAAUCAGUAUCAAAUCCAUGUACAGUAGCUAAUUGUUCACAUUUAUGUGUUUUAAAACCAUUAAAUCAAUAUGAAUGUUUAUGCCCAUUGAAUACAACAAUUCAAGAAGAUAGUCGAACAUGUAAUGCACCACUUGUUACUCCACGUAGCUUGUUAGAAUGCCGUUGUGUACACGGUAAAUGUGUUUAUCAUGUUGAUGAAACUGCUGGUCAUCAAUUAACUGGUUGUCUUUGUUUUGGAGGUUAUACAGGUGACUAUUGUGAUAAACCUCGGAAAUGGCCAUUCCAUUCAAAUACACUAAAAAUUAUUAUCAUUACAUUAGUUAGUUUAUUAUUAGUUGGUAUUCUUACCUUUGGUUUAAUUCAAUUGAAACGUAAAGGAAAAUUACAAUCGAUUCCAACUCCACCAUUACCAUCACGUGUUCAAACAAUAAUGAACAAUAUACGUAAUUUUAUUACACGUUCAACAGAUAAUAUAAAUACAGUUCGAUUUCGAAAUGCUCAAUCUACUACAGAAUCAACAGCAGUAUUUCCAAACCCAAUGUAUGCUGCAACAACAACAGCAUCUAAUCAACCAGCUCAAUUGACGACAUCAUCUAGUGAACCGGCUAAAUUAAAUGUUGAAGUUCAGCCACCUCCAUCAAAGCCAAGUCGCAAAGGUGCUCCUACAUCUCCUCUUCGUCAACAAGUACAUUUUGAUCCUCAAAGCAAAGAAACUGAUCAUGAUAAAGCUAAUUUAGUUGUACGAAGUAGUAGCAGCGAUGCAUAA